AUGCAACACGAGAACUAUGAUCCUUCCUUCCCCGACCAACCUGUGGUCGACCAGUACCUCCCUGUUUGGGCCAAUCUACCGUCCUUCCGGUCCAAGCCGGCCUUCAUUUGGUCCCAUGGAAACUCCAAACCCACCACUCCCCUCACCUAUUCUCAGCUCAAUGCCUCAGUGAACCUCCUUUCUUCUAAGCUCCUCGUUCCUUUACAGAGACGCGACACUGUCAUCAUUUUGUGCCCUCCGGGACUUCAACUUGUGAAGCUCAUCUUUGCGUGUCAACGUGCUGGCCUUAUGAGCAUCCCUAUCAUCCCCCCUCAUCCUUCUUUUUCUCGUCCCAGUCAUCACCAUCUUAUGAGGGUCCUUUCCCAGACAAAACCUAAAGCUGCCUUAGCUCAUCCUCACUAUAUCUCCAGCGUUCAAAGCUACUUGUCUUCUUGUCCCCCCCGCAAGGAUGAGAACCUGGCUCGCAUGUUACAAAAAGUACAUUGGAUCUCCAUUCACGAAGAUGACGGUGUCAGAGAUGGUAAUGUUGCGGUUUUAAAUAACCGUACUUCUGAUUCUACACCAUACAGUGGCUGCGGUGCCAAUGAGGUUUAUUUGGUUCAGUACACGUCAGGUGCCACUGGGAUUCCAAAACCCGUGCUUAUGACUGCUGGCUCAGCCGCCCACAACGUCAGAACGGCAAGGACCGCCUAUGAUCUUCAUCCAAACAGCGUCAUUGUUUCGUGGUUGCCUCAAUACCAUGAUUGUGGUCUCAUGUUUCUGUUACUGACCGUUGUAUCCGGGGCCACAUGCAUCCUGACCUCCCCAGCCGACUUCAUCAACCGUCCAAGACUCUGGCUUGAACUGAUGUCGGAGUUCAAGGCCACGUGUACUCCUGUUCCGUCAUUCGCACUGCCCCUCGUGAUCAAGCGAGGUGGGCCACACCAAGGAACCAUUCCCAUAAAUCUUUCCAGCUUAAGGAACCUGAUCCUCAUCAACGAGCCAAUCUACAGUGACUCCGUUGAAGAAUUUGUUCGUGUUUUUAUUCCAUUUGGGAUGAAACCCUCCUCCAUCUCUCCUUCUUACGGGUUGGCAGAGAAUGGUACUUUUGUUUCCACCUCCUGGAGGGCUGAUGAUAGCUAUUCUAGCUUUCCGGGGCUUCCAACUCACAGGAAGCUUCUACCAAUCGCAAGGCUUUCUAAUAAUCCAUCUCGAGAGGACAUUGACAUUGUGGUUGUGAACGAAGAAACUUGUGAAGCGGUUGAGGAUGGCAUUGAAGGAGAAAUAUGGGUUUCAUCACCAAGCAAUGCAUCUGGCUACCUCGGACAUCCUCACUUAACGAGGGAGGUGUUUCAUGGGAGACAGAGAAACGCAGUGGGGAAGUGUUUUGUUCGAACAGGAGAUUCAGGGGUUGUUAAAGGAGAGCAGAGGUUUCUGUUUGUGACAGGUCGGUGCCACGACGUUAUUGAGGUCCAAGGUGGUCGAAGGAUUCAUCCCCACUACAUUGAGAAGGCGGCAUAUAACAGGUGUCCCAAGUUUGUUAGAGGAGGUUGUAUUGCGGCAUUUCAGAUUUCAGAGACCAUAGCACUAGUGGCAGAGAUGCAGAGGAUUGAGAAGGAUAAGAGGGUUUUGAAGAGAAUCUGUGAAGAGAUGAGAGAAGGUGUUGCGAAAGAAGAGAGGGUUGAGGUAGGAGUGGUGGCUUUGGUGACGAGUGAGGCGUUCCGAAAACAACUUCGGGGAAAGUGCAGAGAUGGGCAGCCAAGGAGAAGUUUAGAGAGGGCAAAAUGA